AUGUCAGGCUACAUAAUUUCUCAAUGCACCGUUGAGGACGGUGCCGAUCUUAGUCGCAACAAUAUUCCCGCUUUCUGGGAAGAUCCGCAUUGGAUUUUGGAGUGGCGCCAUAGGACGCUUGAAUAUCAUAUCGCUCAAGUCAGUAAACGGACGCCGCGCAACUUGCUUAACGAGCGUUUGACUAGGCGACACCAGAAGGCAACUGACGAGACAGGUGCUCUUUUGGGGUAUGCCCGUUGGUCACUACCCCUUUCACAUGCAACCUGUUCAGAUGGCACAUUUGCAUGGCCCGAAGCCGUAGUACCAGCUGUUGAACCUGAGCGAGAGGCUGAAAUACGGCAAAUUGCUGAUACGGCACCCUGGGAUCCGAAUUGCGACGCGGAUGACCUGCUCAUUCCGGUUCGCGAGAUUAAGGACACGAUAUUAACCAGAAAGCCUUGGAUGCAGUUAGACUACUUGGCUGUUCACCCUGAUAAUCAGCGCAAGGGAGUAGCCACAGCAUUAGUCCAAAGUGGCAUGAAACAAGCGGAGAAGAUGGGCUUGGACAUAUUCAUCCACGCUAUGAAGGCUGGAGUUGGAGUAUACAAGCGACUUGGGUUCAAGAUUGAGAAAGAACUUGUUCAAGAUGAUUUCAAGUACGGGGGGAAUGGUGAAUACUAUGUGGCUUUCAUGACUUACGAACGAAGUUCCUGA